UGAAAUUGUUCCUCUCAGAUGAGAAUGAGGCGUAGGGAGCAUCGUUGCCAUUCCCGUUUCCUGUCCUCAUGAUUGUUGAUGAAGAGCGAGCAGUGAGACAACCCAGGGGGCUGGAAAGCGACACUCCAUGCGCCAUGGUCCGGGAUAAAAAGGAUAGAGACAGCUGGGGGUCUUUUGUGGACAAGCAUGUAUUUGAAUGGAGCUCUGAGGACGAGGAGCCGGACGGUAAGGCUCGGCCAGUGCAGGUUCUGGUGGUGAAGGAUGAUCACACGUUCGAGCUGGACGAGGCAGCAUUGAAUCGUAUCCUGCUGGCCAAAGACCUCAGAGACAGAGAGAUAGUUGCAAUAUCUGUUGCUGGAGCUUUCCGGAAGGGGAAGUCCUUCCUCAUGGACUUUAUGCUACGCUACAUGUACAACCAGGCGAGUGAAGACUGGUUAGGAGAUCCCGAUGUGCCUUUGACAGGUUUCUCGUGGAGAGGAGGCUCAGAGAGGGAGACCACCGGCAUCCAAAUCUGGAGUGAAGUCUUCCUGGUGGACAAACCAGACGGAAACAAGGUGGCAGUGCUGCUGAUGGACACACAGGGAACGUUCGACAGCCAGUCCACGCUGAGAGACUCAGCUACUGUUUUCGCCCUCAGUACCAUGAUCAGCUCCAUGCAGGUGUAUAACAUAUCACAGAAUGUUCAGGAGGAUGACUUGCAGCACCUGCAGCUCUUUACAGAAUAUGGUAGACUGGCCAUGGAGGAAACGUUCCUCAAACCGUUCCAGUCAAUGAUUUUCCUUGUGAGAGAUUGGAGUUUUCCAUACGAGUUUCCCUACGGACAAGAGGGAGGCAUGAAGUUCCUGGAGAAAAGACUAAAGAUUUCAGAGAACCAGCAUGAGGAGCUGCAGAACGUGAGGAAGCACAUUCACUCCUGCUUUACUAACAUCUCCUGCUUCCUCAUGCCACAUCCCGGCCUCAAGGUCGCCACCAACCCCCACUUUGAUGGCAGACUCAAGGAGAUCGAUUCAGAGUUUAUCAGUAACCUGAAGGUGCUGGUGCCAUGGUUACUCAGCCCCAAAAACCUGGAUGUCAAAGAAAUCAACGGCAGCAAGAUUACCUGUAGAGGCCUGCUGGAAUAUUUUAAGGCAUAUAUAAAGAUUUACCAGGGGGAAGAGUUGCCCCACCCAAAGUCCAUGCUACAGGCCACCGCAGAGGCGAAUAACCUGGCGGCUGUAGCUGCAGCUAAAGACCUGUACAACCGAAAGAUGGAGGAGGUGAGCGGGGGCGACCGGCCCUUUUUAGCCCCGAGUGAGUUGCAGGCUCGUCAUGCGGUGAUCCGUGAUGAAGCCCUAGCUGUGUUCCGUGGUGUGAAGAAGAUGGGUGGCGAGGAGUUCAGUCGCCGCUACCUGCUGCAGCUGGAGGCAGAAAUCGACGAGCUCUUUGUGCAGUACAUCAAGCACAACGACUCCAAGAACAUCUUCCAUGCAGCAAGGACGCCUGCCACGCUCUUCGUGGUCAUCUUCAUUAUGUAUGUGGCAGCGGGCAUCACAGGCUUCGUGGGCGUGGACGUGAUUGCCAGCGUGUGCAACAUGGUUCUGGGUUUCGCUCUCAUCACGCUCUGCACCUGGGCCUACAUCCGCUACUCCGGCGAGUACAGAGAGCUCGGCGCCCUCAUAGACCAGGUGGCUGGAGCGCUGUGGGACCAGGGAAGCACUAAUGAGGCUCUGUAUAAAUUGUAUAACGUGGCUGCCAAUCAUAGGCAGCUGUACAGCCACGCCUUCCCCAGACACCAGACUGAGCAACACCCCGAACAGGACAAGAAGAGAAACUGAGCACACACACAUACACAUGCACGCACACACGCACACAUUCACACACACAGGCCCAAACUUACACCCAUUCUGUCAGAGAGACGUUCCGGCCAUAGCACACUUGAGCUUUGUGGAUCAUGCACGUGACAUCACAGACAGAGAGAAAGAGAAUUCAAGGGAAAUAGAAAAUGCAAAAGUUUACAUUAUUGCUGUGUAAAGAACAAAGA